GACUGGUCAGAAGUGGGUAUCAUGGAAACGAUCCUCCUCAACAGAACUUCUGCACUGAUUGGAUCAUUUCCUCCCGAGAUCUGUCAGACGACAGAGCGCCUGGCGACUAUAGUCAGCAUGCCGUUGGUGGUCUGGGAUUGUCCGACUAUAGUAAGCGAGUUUAGCGACAAUGUGCAUAGAGUCCAGCCCAAAAUGGCCACUGUGAUUUCUGCAAUAGUUAAUGUAGUCAAGCAUUUGAGGUAUCGUUCUGCAUCCAUCGUGUCAUUAAGAUGGGGUGCAUGGGGCUACUUAAGCCUGGCUCUAGAGAACAGUCUAUUGAGAUCUAACGUCAGUGUAAAGCAACACAUCACACUGUUUGGUCCACCUCCGGAUAGUAUACAGAUACAGUCUAAGGUUGCUGUGAUCCUGGUACCCCUGAGCUGGAGGCACUCGAAGCAGCUGAUGAACGCCUUGGCCGCAAACUCCAAGGCCCUCCUCUUCUUCCACCCGCACCUCCACCUCUCGUUGAAAUCUUACGUUCUGCCGUUGUCAAAGGCCUUCGGCUUCGUCAUGGCUGUAUAUCCGAUAAAGGCGGACAGCCUGGAUGGAAUCCUCAACUCCUCGUUCCAGGUGCUGGAAGAUACGACGGAGAGCUCCCAGAACAACCUCCGAUCCCAAGUGGAAGGGUUCAUGCUCUGGGCCUUGGACGGGAACAGUUCUUCUGUAAGGUGGAGACAAGUUUUCUACCAGCACGUCGUCAGGCACGACAAGCAGGAGACGUUGUACUCAAAGACGUUGGUCAAUGGUUGGGCAACUCCACUACUGCCUCCAAACAGGACGGAAAAUUGUGAAGAAGUUGAAUGCGAAGAACCAACGGGAUUCUUCACCAAUACGAUCAACAUCAUACUCGUAUCUGGUGUUGCAGUCUUACUCACAGGAAUCUUCGCAACGUCGAUCUCAAUUCUAAGGAGGCUAUACAUCAAGUCGAGGAUGUCCAAGGGACCAUGCAAGAUAAUCUUGACACCUAACGACUUCAUUUUCCCCCAAGUACAAGAAGCCAAGAGAGUGGAGGAGGGGAUCGAGGCGAUGCUGUGCUGCUGGCUGUACCAACUGCAAGAGAUGGGAGGCCCUGAGGUGGACAAGCAAGAUCUCAUCAAGGGUUCCGUGGGGUCUUUGAAGUCCAACAUGAAGAAGUCCCCGAGCCUCGGGAGUAUAUCCAAAGUCAGCUCUGAUCCGAAGGCAAGGUACAAUGGAGAUCUGGUUCAACUAAAGCCCAUACCUGACACAAGUGGAAACUUUGAAUUGAAGUCAAAGUCAAUGGAUUAUCUUAUGGCAAUGCACAGUUUGAGGCAUGAAAACCUGAAUCCAAUGCUCGGUUGCCUUUGCGAUCCAGCACAUCCUUAUUUGGUCUGGGAAUAUUGUAGCAGAGGAUCUCUGGAGGAUGUACUCAUGGCUGAUGAAAUAAAACUGGAUUGGUCAUUCAGAUUGUCUCUUCUCACCGACCUUGUACGGGGAAUGAAAUACCUUCAUUCUUCCCCUAUUAAAGUUCAUGGAAAUCUGACAUCGAGAAACUGUGUCAUUGAUGCCAGGUGGGUCUUAAAAAUAACAGAUUAUGGACUGCCGUUUCUAUAUGAAGGUCAAAAUAUAGUCCCUCCGAAUAAGAAGCCCAAAGAUCUACUUUGGUCCGCACCUGAGUUUCUUAGGGAUUCAAGCCUAAGAAAAAUGGGAACACAAGCUGGUGAUGUAUAUAGUUUCGGUAUUGUGAUGCAAGAAGUUGUAGUGAGGGGAGAGCCAUAUUGUAUGUUGUCCCUUCCUGCAGAUGAAAUUCUUGAAAAAAUUCGGAAACCACCUCCACUAAUAAGACCAUCUGUAAGUAAGGGGGCAGCACCUCCAGAAGCAAUCAACAUAAUGAGGCAAUGCUGGGCUGAGGCUCCUGAAAUGAGGCCUGAUUUCAACACCAUUCAUGACUUAUUUAAAACAUUGAACCAUGGCAGGAAAGCUAACUUUGUGGACACAAUGUUUCAAAUGCUUGAGAAGUAUUCUAACAAUCUGGAAGAUCUGAUUCGUGAGAGAACUGAGCAGUUGGACAUGGAAAAGAAGAAAACUGAACAACUUUUGAACAGGAUGUUACCAAGUUAUGUAGCAGACAAGUUGAAGCUUGGAAUGCCAGUAGAUCCAGAGGAAUUUAGUGAGGUGACAAUAUAUUUUUCAGACAUUGUUGGUUUUACAACAAUAUCUGCUUAUUCGACUCCAUUUGAAGUCGUUGAUCUGCUGAAUGACCUCUAUACCUGCUUUGAUGCCACAAUAAAUGCUUACAAUGUAUAUAAGGUUGAAACAAUAGGUGAUGCUUAUAUGGUUGUGGGAGGUCUUCCGAUUCGUACGCCUGACCAUGCCCAACAGAUUGCCACUAUGGCCUUGGAUUUACUGCACCAAAGUGGCAAGUUCAGGAUACGUCACUUACCAUUUACACCAUUGAGACUGAGGAUAGGGCUCCAUACUGGACCAUGUUGUGCUGGCGUAGUAGGCUUAACUAUGCCAAGGUACUGUUUGUUUGGUGAUACGGUAAACACAGCUUCCAGGAUGGAAUCAUCAGGAUCUGCAUGGAGGAUUCAUAUAUCUGAUGCAACAAAGAAUAAGCUGGAGGAAUCAGGUGGUUACCACAUUGAAUGCCGAGGACAGACAGAACUGAAAGGGAAAGGAAAAGUAAUGACUUAUUGGCUUCUUGGCAAAGUGGGAUUUGAUAAGCAGUUGCCAACACCUCCACCUAUUAGGUUGGAUGAACAACUUGUCUUGACUGGCAGAACUGGGAUAGUGGCUGAAAAACCAGAGAGUGAAGAAGACAUAUCAAUGGAUCUUCCAAAAGAUAUUACAAACCAGAUCAGCAAACCUCAUGGACUUGCCAGACCAAAACCUGUUUAUCAGCUAUCUUUGGAUGCUGGUCUUCUGGCAGCGAGUGGGGAAGAGAAGAAAGAAAGCCAUAGGUGGAGGGCACAGAGGCAGAUGACGUUUGAUGCCAAUGAUGAUACAAAAUCUGAGCAGAAGAAAAUGUCUGAUUUAAAGAGUAUUGAAUCAGGUAGCUCAAGAUCAAGUUUGUUAACACCAUUUUCUGUUUCGGAAAUAAGUGUUGAUCGAGGGGUGUCUUUUAUUAAGCCAAGUCGGAGCACUCAAAAUUUAAGUCCUAAGUUAAAGAAAAUAAUAGAUGAAAACGAUUUGAGCUCUCAAUAUAACCAGUAUAAAUGUCUCUCACCCAAUGACAGCACCCAUUCAAUGAAAAGUUUGAGGUUCUUAAAGCGUCAGUUUAGUAUGGACAAAGAAGAAGCAUCAGAAAGUAAAGCAGUCCGGUUGUUCAAACAGAACUCAGCCGGUGCAGCCAAUGAUCUCGGUAGGAUCGAUGAAGUGCCUUUAAGCACGGUAUCAUCACCACAGUUCAGCAGGAAUUCAAACUACAAACACAGGACAAUUCCAGCAAAUCUUUCAUCAGAAUCGCUGAAUUAAUGCAAUAAUUAUUGUAUCAUUUUAAAAGUGUUUUAGUAUUUACCUUGCAGUAUUAUUGCUUUAGUUUUUAUCACAAACGAUUUAUUUAAAACAGUGGUUCUCAAACUUUUACAAUCUUUGUUAGGCAUGUAAAAUCCUAUAGCUAAAUAAAACUAUUAAAGCCACGUAAGAUAAACCUCUUAGAAUCCCACGGUUUAUAUCAAAAAGCAGGAUUUUAACUUUUAAUAUACAGUUAUAAUCACAUAUCCCUUCUGUUAGUGUAAAAGGUUGUAUGUAAAAAUUGAGUUUUCUUCACAGGAGAGCACAAAAACUGAUUAUUUUUUUUAUUUUUUUAUGAUUUAUUAGUAUAAUUUCAUAUUUUAAAUUUUAUUCCCCUUAACUAUUUUUCAUAGUAGCAAACUACUUAUAUCAGUUGUAGACUACAAUAUGUCACCUUUAAUACAAAUAGAAUAAAAAUGGAAAAUACAACCUUUUGCCCUGACAGUAGUGAUAUAUGUCUGUCUAGUAAUGUAGUUCCUAUAAUUUUUACUUUCAUGUCUAUGAGCUGGUGUAACCUACAUAUAACAUGGUUAAGAGUAAGCAAAAUGUAUGUUUAAAAUAAUAUACAACAUUCUCCAGACAUAAAAGAGAUAUUUUAUUGUUAUUAUAAUUAUUAGAGCCACUAGGAUUAAAAUGUGAUAUUUUCUAUCUAAAAAAAAAACUGCUAGUUUUUCUAACUGCAAACAUACUGGUUUAAUAACCUGUACAAUGCAACCCAUGAAGGGUCUUUCAAUACUAUGUGAGAAAGUAUUGUUGUACAAGACUGUAUUCACAACCACCACUGAACUACAUAGUCGCCAUUCAAAUUUUAUUUUUCCUUUGUACUCCUCCAAAAAGGCUAUAUUUACCAUUGGGAACCACUAAUUUAAAUAAAUUUUAUAUAAGUUUAAUAUUAAAAUUGAUAAUCUGUGUAAAAGCAGUUUAUGUCAUUAAAUUAUUGAUUAUUUGCUCACUUGAUUUAUUGGUGGAAUUAUUUUAUGGUAAUCAAAAAUAAAUCUUAAAACAAAACAAAAAGAUACACACCAAGCACAUUUAAUAACUAUGUAAAUAUUAAAUUGUGAAAUUUAGAUAUUAGAUGGAAUAGUUUACUCAUUAAUUAAAGGUGAUAUAAUAAUUUCUAUUUCCUUAUAUAAAUAAUUAAAGUGUCUUUCAAAUGAAACUAAUAAUUAAAUAUGAACUUUUAUUGAGUUUUUUGAUAGCAAAAUUAAUUCUGAGAUAACUGUAAAUAUCUUAAAUGUACUAUUUUAUUAUAUACAUAUGUGUUUCCUAUUUUGUUCUAUUGUUUUUUAAAUUAUUUAUUUGUUUUUAAAGAAAUAAGUAGACAAUUUUGUAAAUAAUAUUAAGAAUUUAACUGAUACAAUACAUCAUAGCACAAAUUAAGAAGAGAUGUAAGUAGUCUAAAAUGAGAGGAGUUAUAUGAAACAUUAACCAAAAAAAAAUAAAAUGUAAAAUAUUUUUGUUCAUUUUUUUGAAAAGAUGGUUUUUAGCAACUUAAUGAGUUACUUCUAAAAUGAAAGUUAAAUAUUUGUUAGUUUUUAUGAAGAAUUCAUAUAUCAUUAAAGAUAUUUCUUCACAACUUGGUGGAUGAACAUUUAAUCGAAUAAAACCAAUUAGCAUGGUGGAAUGAUUAAUUUUAGUUGUUUUCAUUAUUUAGUUGAAAUGUUUCAGAAAUCUCUUCAAUGGGUUGCAAGAAAUGUGUUAACGAAAAAUGUAUCAUCUUUUUUACAUUUUUACACAACUUAUAAAUUUUUGAAAACGUCAACGAUUUUCUAAUUACAACAUUUAAGAUAAAAAUCAUUCAAAAAUAUUCAAUAAAAGGUUUAAUUGUUUUUAUAAAAUAUUUCUUUAAUCUACAAUUACAAUUUCUAUUUCUGGAUCAUCUCUAAUUCUAGUUUUAUUAAAAAUUCAAUGCAGUAGUGUUAGAAAAAAAACAACAGCAUAUUUUAAGACUAUUUUUUUCAAAGAUAAAAUGUUGUUUAAUAUCACAUUUAAAAUUAUCUCUUUGAGCAAUAAUUAAUAGCUUAAAAAUAUAAAAAUUAAUAUUUU